UUCCCACCCCAUAACUCCCUGGCUCCCCCUACAGGCAGGGGUCUGGGGAUGGCCCUCCAGUUUGAUACUGAGGACUCUUGAGCCUUCCCAGCCACCGUAGUCAGGUUCACUAAGAAGAAGACCGAGGGAUGGCUUCCAGCUACACCGUUGUAAAAGAGUUCUUAGCCAAAGCCAAAGAAGAUUUUCUUAAAAAAUGGGAAAGUCCUGCUCAGAACACAGCCAGUUUGGAUCAGUUUGACCGCAUCAAGACCCUUGGCACCGGCUCCUUCGGGCGCGUGAUGUUGGUAAAGCACAAGGACACUGGAAGCCACUAUGCCAUGAAGAUUCUGGACAAACAGAAGGUAGUGAAGCUGAAACAGAUCGAGCACACCCUCAAUGAGAAGCGCAUCCUACAGGCGGUCAACUUUCCAUUCCUGGUCAGACUUGAGUACUCCUUCAAGGACAACUCAAACUUGUACAUGGUCAUGGAGUAUGUGCCCGGCGGGGAGAUGUUCUCGCACCUACGGCGGAUCGGCAGGUUCAGUGAGCCCCAUGCCCGCUUCUACGCAGCACAGAUUGUCCUGACGUUUGAGUACCUGCACUCCCUGGACCUCAUCUACCGGGACCUGAAGCCCGAAAACCUCCUCAUCGACCACCAGGGCUACAUUCAGGUGACAGACUUCGGUUUUGCCAAGCGCGUGAAAGGCCGCACCUGGACCUUGUGCGGGACCCCUGAGUACCUGGCCCCUGAGAUCAUCCUGAGCAAAGGCUACAACAAGGCUGUGGACUGGUGGGCACUCGGGGUUCUCAUCUACGAGAUGGCUGCCGGCUACCCACCCUUCUUCGCCGACCAGCCCAUCCAGAUCUACGAGAAGAUCGUCUCUGGGAAGGUGCGGUUCCCGUCCCACUUCAGCUCUGACCUGAAAGACCUGCUGCGGAACCUCCUGCAGGUGGACCUCACUAAGCGCUUCGGGAACCUCAAGAACGGUGUUAAUGACAUCAAGAACCACAAAUGGUUUGCCACGACUGACUGGAUCGCCAUUUACCAGAGGAAGGUGGAAGCGCCCUUCAUACCAAAGUUCAAAGGCGCCGGGGACACAAGUAACUUUGACGACUAUGAGGAAGAAGAGAUCCGGGUCUCCAUCAAUGAGAAGUGUGGCAAGGAGUUCUCCGAAUUUUAGGGCCCAGCUGGGAAGGCGACCCCACAAAAGGACUUAGAAGUGGCAGAGCGCCCUCCCCCUCCAAACCCAGCUCGGUUCCAGCCCGGGCUGAUGGGGAGGGGCCGUCUGUGUCAUCUACCGGCGGCUUCUGCGCCCCUCCCCCCGGCCGGCCCCCAGCUUCGCAGUCAGCUGUCCAUCUCCUCUCUUGCCCCCCAACGUCUGAUCUGUGGUCUUUCUCUAACUAGCAAGGUGGGGAGCCACCCAUUCACCCCACGCAGUGUUCGUCCCCGUCAACUCCUCCCCAGCCGGAGAGCCUUUGGGCAGGCUGGGGCCCCGGGUGGGCGCGGGGCCAUUCAACCUGUGUGCUCCGAAGGGCGAGACUUCUCUCGAACAGUGUGCUGUUGUAAACAUAUUUGAAAACUAUUACCAAUAAAGUUUUGUUUAAAAAAAAA